CACUUCGCCAGAUGCGCAGCGCGCCGCGCCGCCCGUGCCCACAGCAGCACGGCACAGAUGCACAGCCUAUCUUAGAGCAUCCUUCGUGUCGAUGGACUAUGAAUGACAUUUUCCUUUAAGAUGAUGUAAGACUGUGCUUCACGAGUGGACACCCCACACCCCCUCCUCCCAUUGUGUCACGGCUUGGAGCGAUGUUAUCUUAAAUCUUCUGCCGUUUUAGCGGCUUCCACACUCAGCAGCUUGGUCAUACUGUGCGCAAAAGAGUCCCGCUUCCUGUCUCCUCCUCCUCCUCCUCCUUCUGAGAGUGUUUCAGCAUCCCAGCAUUCGGAAGCAGGACAAUAGGAUGCGUUUACAUUUUAUCCUCCAGUUUAUCCUGGAUUUAAGAGGGCUAAAUUAAGAUCCAGGUUUAGUGAAACUUUUUAUUGUAUUCUCGUUCCUGGAAGUUCAUGUCCUUUCGUUUGAAGUCUCUUCAAGCACCAAACUGCAGUGGUUGUCUGUAACAUGAUGCUGGUUAUGAAAAUCGAUGGUGUUCAGAGAGGAUGCGCUCGCCUUUACGCACGGGUUUGAGGAAUGCAUCGCAGGAGCACCUUUGGGAUUGUUCUGCCAUGAAAACACUCUGUGCCGGGACUGCGUCUGGAUUCUGGACUGUGGUUUGAGUCUGAGCGCAUCAGAUGCAGCGGCAACUCACAAUCUAAACUUCUAGGACGUUUUGUGCAAGAGAAAUGGCACUGAGCGAAAACUGCAAAACGCAGCCCGUUAAAGACCAGGGCUCGGUGCAAAGCCCUCCGUCGGAUGUGGUGGAGCUCAACGUGGGAGGGCAGGUUUAUUACACCCGUUACACCACCCUCACCAGCUUCCAGAACUCCUUACUUGGGAAGUUGUUUUCUAACAAAAAGGGUUCCUCUAAUGACUUAUCACGGGACCUCAGAGGGCGGUAUUUUAUUGACAGAGAUGGAUUUUUGUUCCGGUACGUGUUGGAUUACCUCAGAGACAAGCAAGUUGUCCUUCCUGACCACUUUCCAGAGAGGGGGAGGCUGAAAAGAGAGGCAGAGUACUUCCAGUUGCCAGAACUGGUCAAACUUCUAUCAGCUGAGGAGUCCAAAGUGGUUCUAGAUGACAGCGACUGGGAUGAGGAGUCACAGGGCAGUGAUCAGAGGUUGUACCCAUCUUACUCCCUGGACAGGAGGUAUGGCUACAUCACUGUGGCCUACAGAGGCAGAGAGAGCCACACUGACCCCAAGACCAAAAAGUUACCCAGAAUCUUCAUCAGCAGCAGGAUUGGACUGGCCAAGGAGGUGUUUGGAGACACCCUGAAUGAGAACAGGGAUCUGGACAGACCACCGGACAGAUACACCUGCAGGUUUUACCUCAGGUUCAAGCAUCUGGAGAGGGCUUUUGACAUGCUGUCAGAGAGCGGCUUUCACAUUGUGGCCUGCAAUACUUCCCUGACGGCGUCCUCCAUGGGUCAUUAUGCAGACGACAGAGUCUGGUCCAACUACACACAGUACAUCUUCUACCGUGGGCCCUCCCGGUGGUCAUCCUCUCACUGUGACUGUUGCUGCAAGAGCCACAAAAGUGAGCGUGAGGGCGAGAGCGGCACCUCCUUCAACGACCUCUCCACUUCCUGCUCCGAGACCCAGUCAGAGGCCAGUUCCCCUCAGGGAACCGUGAUCCGUGGACCCGUGAGCCGUCAGUCCAAAAUCCAGACGCUGGACCGACCUGUACCCAAAGGCCCAGCCCUCAUGCUGCAGCAGCAGGCAGAGAUGCGCCGCAAGACGGACAUGCUCCGUGUGAGAACCUUCGGGGUGCGGGAGCGAGAUGCAGCCAAGAGGAAAGCGCACAAGGAGAAGAUGACCCCAGAGCAGGAGCUGGAGAAAUGCAUUCAGGACUUCCGGCGCAUUAGGAUUCCUGACCGCUUCCCAGAGAGGAAGUAUAUGUGGCAAUCUGAGCUCCUAAGAAAGUACAGACUCUAAAAAAAAAAGUGAGAAAAUAAAGAAGUAAAGACAGAGAGAUGGUGCUAGAGUGUCAAGUCACUACCGAUAAAGAGCAUAGUCAAUACACUCCACACUGUAAGCACAUACUGUACCAGAAAAUUUUAUCCUGCCAGGCUGGAUUUAAAAAGCACACAAAAUACAAAGCAGUGUGUUAUAUAUCUGUAACCUUUGCACAGUGUUGUGUACGAUAUGCACAAGUAUAAACAGACUCAGACUUAUUCAAAACAUCCUUUUCUGUAGAGAGAAGAAAGAAAGUUAUACUCCAGGUCAUAAAAUCACUGACAACAAAGCGACCUCAGGGGAAACAUCGUUUUACUUCACCAUCCAACCACAUUUUGCAUGUGCAGCUGCCCACAAUGGCUGCUUUUUAAAGCGGAUGUACUCAGAUGGUGCUGUGAGCGAGAAACGGAUUGUCACUAUACUCCACUGAUAACACAGGAACACAUACACCCCCCCUACACACACACAAUAUUAAGUAUGCUUUUGGUAACAGCACUGCAUGUUAUCUCACCCUUAGCAUAAAUAUGCAAUAUCAAACAAAAUCUCAGUUUAUUAAUUUAUCUCAUAGGUAAAAAAAAAAGGUGUUGGUGCGCAAGACUGACUGCUGACUGUACUGAGGGAAGCACUGCCUUCAUCUGUUUGUACUACUUUUUGUCUGAUGUUGUCAUUAUGUGUAGGUGAGAAGAUUCUGUGUAGGUAGAGCAAAUGAUAAUGGAGACCUAUGGGUUUGCUGAUUGUAAAUGUGCUAAAAGACUAAAUAAA